AUUUCUUUCAACAACACACACAAACCCAAUUUCACUGUUUCAUCCAUGGCUUUUUCUUCUUUUUUCAAGCCUAUUAUGUCUUCUUGUCUCCUUGUUUUGCUUUUGGCUUCCAUGGGAAUCACCACUACCAAUGCUCAACUCUCAACAAACUUCUACUCCAAAUCUUGCCCUAACCUCUUUUCUACUGUGAAACCUGUUGUUCAAUCUGCCAUUAAUAAAGAGAAACGAAUGGGUGCUUCCCUCGUUCGUUUGUUCUUCCAUGAUUGCUUUGUUAAUGGAUGUGAUGGCUCACUUCUACUUGACGACACUUCUUCCUUCACCGGAGAAAAGACUGCAAAUCCAAAUCGGAAUUCAGCAAGAGGAUUUGAUGUGAUAGACAAUAUAAAAUCCGCAGUUGAGAAAGCUUGUCCUGGAGUAGUCUCAUGUGCUGAUAUCCUUGCCAUCGCUGCUAGAGACUCUACUGCUAUCCUUGGAGGUCCAAGUUGGGAUGUUAAACUUGGAAGAAGAGAUGCUAGAACUGCAAGCCUUUCUGCUGCAAAUAAUGGUAUUCCUCCUCCAACUUCUAACCUCAACCAACUCAUCUCAAGAUUCAACGCUCUCGGCCUUUCAACCAGAGACCUAGUUGCAUUAGCGGGAUCGCACACAAUUGGACAAGCAAGGUGCACAUCGUUUAGGGCAAGAAUAUACAAUGAGACCAACAUAGAUAGUUCCUUUGCUCAGACAAGGAGAUCAAACUGCCCAAGAACCAGUGGGACAGGGGACAACAACUUGGCACCACUUGAUUUGCUGACUCCUACAUCUUUUGAUAACAACUACUUCAAGAACUUGGUUAAUCAGAAGGGCCUCCUGCAUUCCGAUCAGCAAUUGUUCAAUGGUGGAUCCACUGAUUCAAUAGUUCGCACCUACAGCAAUGGCCAAAGCACCUUUUUCUCUGAUUUUGUGGCUGGCAUGAUCAAGAUGGGAGAUAUCAGUCCACUCACUGGAUCACGAGGAGAGAUCAGAAAAAAUUGUAGGAGGGUGAACUAAGUGAGAAUUAUGGGUCUUGAUUGCUAUCUUUGGAUUAUACAAGACUUUUAAAAAUAAAUUAGAUUGUCUGCAACUUUUGAUUGGGUGCAUUUGAGAAUUUAGGUUAUGAUUGUGAAAAUGUCCAACAGGUGUUCCUAUCUUUCAAGGACACUUGUGUUGUCUGUAUGCAUUUUCUUUUUAAUUAUAGAUAUUUAAUAGUGAAUUUUGAAUAGAAUAAUGAGAUUUGCUUUAU